AUGAGCUCCAACGAGAAGCUCAAGGCGUCGUCCGAUCCUACGCUCGUGCUAACGCACCCGACGGCGGCUGAGCGUGAGCGCAUCUGGACGCAGACUCAUGGCAUGUGGGGCAGUGCGCUCUCGCUGGAGCAGUACGUGGCGCGCGAGGCCUUUCUGACGACGGCACCGCUGGCCAGCGACGGCGGCAUCACGCACUGGAUCCUGACCGACAGCACGGAGCUGCCAGACCGACGGCCGAUCCUGUCGAGCUGCGAGUCGCUGCGCAAGCCGGCGGCCGUGAGCAGCACGAGCACGGGCACGGCCGUGGUGACAGACGGCAUGGCCCACGGCGUCGGCUCCGUCUUUACGGACCCGCAGUUCCGCGGUCAGGGUUAUGCUGGUCGGAUGCUGACGGAGUUGGGACCACGGCUAAAGGACUGGCAAGCCGGCGGAGACAAUACCCACCGGCCGCUCUUCUCGAUCCUCUACUCCGACAUUGGCAAGACGUUUUAUGCCAGCAAGGGCUGGGCCGUCUUUCCGAGCACACACUUUGCCUUUGCCGUCGACAGCAAGGAUGGAAUUGAGGACGGGACUUUGUUGUCCGCCAGCGACACUCAGCCAGCUGCUCCCCUCCUCGCCGACGACCUCGCAGCCCUGGCCGCGGCCGACGAGGCGCUGCUGCGGGCCCGCCUCGUGCGCGUGGCUGAUUUGACACCCUCGGCUGCCCUGCUGCCCGGCGUCGACGCGCUGCACUGGCACCUCGUGCGUGAAAAGUACAUGACCCAGCACAUUCUGCAGCGCUCGCCGACGGUUCAUGGUGCCAUUGCCAGCACGGCCAGCACGAACAACACGCAGCCCGGCCACCGGCUGUGGGUCGUCUGGACGCGGACGUAUCACGGUGGUCCCGAGGCCACGGCCGGCAACACGCUGCACAUCUUGCGGGUGGUGCUCGAGGACGUCGACGACGAUGACGCGGCGCCCGCGAACCUCUCUGCCCGCCACGCUGACGGAUUUCGCGCCAUCAUCGCGCUCGCCCGGGCCGAGGCCGCCCGCUGGCACUGCGGCGACGUGCAGCUCUGGAACCCGACGCCGGCCGUCAAGACACUCACCCAGAAGGCCGGCCUCACGCCCACGCUCGUGGACCGUGAGACAGACAGCAUCGCGAGCCUGAUGUGGUAUGGUGAGGGUCCGACCGAAGAGGUCGCCUGGGUGGCUAACGAAAAGUACGCGUGGUGCUGA